AUGGGUUACGACAUAUCCGAUCACUGUUCCAUCGAUACACGCUACGGUACCAUGCAUGAUAUUGACAAUCUGCUCGCUGGCUUGCGUCAAGGGAAUAUGAAGCUUGUCAUGGAUCUUGUGCGUGCCUGGUUCAAAGAAUCCAGGUCGUCGCUAGACAACGACAAACGCGACUGGUAUAUCUGGCGGAAGCCACGGUAUGACGUUACAGGGUCCAGGCAACCGCCAAACAAUUGGGCUUCCAUAUUUGGAGGUAUGCAUAGAAAUUUGGCCAUGGACGAGAACCCCGCAGUUGUUCAAGAAGUCGAGAAAGUCAUGAGGUUCUGGCUCGGCAAAGGGGUCGUUGGCUUCCGAAUGAAUGUGAUCAAUCUGAUCAGCACAGUCCUUGGGCUUCCAGAUGCUCCUGUCACAGUCCAAGGACAGCGGUGUCAGCCAGCGUAUAUGCACUAUGCUUGCGGCCCAUGGCUUAACGAAUACCUCCGCCGCUUGCGAACGAUACUUGACGAGUACAAUGCGUUCGCGAUCGGUGAAAUGCCUUGGGCGAAGAACGAAGAGCAAGUUCUGAAUGCUGUCCAGGCGGAGAGGAAAGAACUGAACAUGAUAUUUCAGUUCGAUAUCCCAAGUGGUCAAUUCGAUCGACAGGAUUGGGGUCUUACAGCUCUCAAGAAUAUCAUAGAUGAUCUAUUCUUGGAAAACCACGAUCAGGCCCGCUUGGUAUCCCGCUUCGCUUCAAACGAGCCGCAACAUAGAGCUUACCCCGCGAAAAUGCUGGCGACGUUCGUUGCGCUACAGUCUGGCACUCUCUUCACAUACCAAGGCCAAGAACUCGGGUUUGCGAAUGUACCAAAGGAGUGGUCCUCCGACACGCAUGCGGGUUUCUCAACAACUACACCAUGGAAGCGAGUGAACGAAGACUACCCAAUCUCGAACGCACAAGCGCAGACUACAAAUUCGGAAAGCAUCUUCAGUUAUUGGCGGGGUCUUUUGAAGUUAAGGAAACUGAAGCCCCAUGUAUUCGUGUAUGGGAACUUUGAGUCCCUUGGCCGCAGCUAUCCGGACGUCUUCUGCUAUCGACGAGCCCGUGGCCAGACACGGGCAGUUGUCGUGCUCAACUUUUCUGAAAAACAUAUGGAAUGGAUUAUACCCGAGCCGCUGUCUGCUGAAGACGUUCAGGGUGCUACAAUAGCCCAGAGAUGUACGAAGAACUGGGAUUGA